GGUACAGGCGCUGGGCAUCCCUUAGGCGCCGUUGGGUCCUUCUUUGACAGGAGGCGCUUCCGUGACGUCAUUAAUAAACAAACCCUUAACAGCUUGAUUGAAGAGAGCUGAAUGGAACCAACGUCCCAGUAAAGCCUGAGUAGAUGCAAAAUAUACUACAGAAGGGGGACGGCUAGUUAACGGGGACACAAGAUGGACAACUUCUGUUUUUCAUAGUGCUGUUUGCAAGGCGGGCUAAGUGAGGCCACAGUGGGAGUUGACCGUUCGCGGCGUUUAGCACUGCUCAACUGGGUAAAUAUACUGGGAUGCUCGGUGUUAAGGGAUGUCAGUCUCGCUGGUUUUUUUGUGUGCACGUAAAGUGGUGUCGGACCACGGCUCUGCUCUGAAUUCAUUGCCAUACGUCCCUCAUGAGUUAUAUCCAAUCCUGUUUAAGGCUGCUUUUUUGGAUCAACGACCACUGGUAAUUGUGGAGCUGGUUAGACGCUGGCCCCUCCCAGUACUCAGCCUUGUUCGGCUCUUGCAGGGAUGCCAUCACUACCACUACGAUCUUAGCCAGGACCGGCCUAGUCGAUGUUGCCUGCAGGCUGUUCUGCUCACUAUAGUUAAGAAUUUGACAGAGAAGACAAGAAAUGGAAGGCGUGUUCUGAGAGUUCUGGAUUUAUGUGGUGUUCAGGAUGAGGGAGGAAGGCCUGAGCCCAAUUCUAUGGGUGGAUUGUCCCGCACAGUGGCAAUAGCAAAGGCUUGCCUAGAAGUAGCUAAAGUACGGCGAGGAGAGAACACAACAGAGUCUGCCUCCAAACGCAGGAGAAAUACUGCGUAUAUAGAAGAUACUGAGGUAGUACAGUCCCUUGCUCUAGAGGUAGAGGUGAGAGCGGAUAUGUUUGUCAAUGCCAGCUCCUAUGAGUGUGUAAAGCAGGCCCUACAAGCCAAAGGUCCCAUGCGACUUUUGUGUCGGGAUCUUCGAGCUGAAGAAUUGUCUGCUCAGCGCACUGCAACUUUGCUGGAACUCCUGGAAGCUCUUCCCCUACGUAGAGUGGAUUUGCGCUAUAACAACUUGGGUCUUGCUGGUAUCAACCUUCUUUUGCCAAUUUUGGCAAAGUUCCCAUCCCUCAUGAGCUUGCGUCUACUGUACAUCAAUGUUGAUGUACGUCAUGGAACUCCUGACACAGAGAGUGGACUUCGAGAAAUGGCAGCCGGACUGGGUCGGCUUCGAAAGCUGAGGGAAUUGAAUCUAACAUCUUUGCGUCUUUCCAACAAACUCCGGCUUUUGUUGAGCUCUUUGGAGAGAGCCCUGGAAGUUGUGGAGCUGAACUAUUUCUACCUGACCUCAAGCGACCUAUACUACCUUGCUGAGAGUCCGCACGCUUGUUUUCUACGGAAACUGGAUCUUAGUGGGAAUAGUUUCAGCGAGGCACUUAUUCCACCCCUACAGCGCCUUUUAUGUGAAGCAUCAGCAUCUCUUAGGUAUCUUGUGCUUUCAGGCUGCAACCUAACAGAUCAUUUGGUAGGCACCCUCUUGACAUCUCUGCGUCGUUGUAGAAAUCUCUACAGCUUAGGCUGUUCUUUAAACCCAAUAUCCACAGAGGGACUGAUGUCUCUGGUGCUUGUAGCCACUGAGCUUCCUCAACUGCAGCUUCUUGUCCAUCCACAGCCCACAGACUGUUAUGAGGAUGGACUGCCACAGCCGCCCUCUUACUAUAACUUAAUGGAGUUUCCAGUCAACCCUGAUAGACUUGUUCAGGCUCUGGCAGAACUAAGGAAGGCUGUAGAGCAGAAGGGUCGGACAGACCUAGUGCUUUCUACUGACCUCUAUAAUUACAGGACUGCCGACUUGCUGGAGGAGUAAAGCGUAAGCGUCAUAAGCACUACAGGAAUUACAAAUUUAUUAAAACCAAAAAUGACCUGUCUUGUUGCAAGGUAAAACAAAAUUACAGGUGAUGUGCACUGUCAGAUGCGUAAAGUUCCAAUGAUUCAUUUCAUACAGUAAUAAGAUGAUAACUAUAUAUCUGGAUUAUUCAUAAUAUUCUUUUUAAAGAAAUAAAAUCUUUUUCUUAAGAAAAAAAAGAAAAUAGUUUUUAUACAUGUAACUAUUAAGCAUUCCACUUGUUAUUUUUGCAUUGCUCUUUAGUAGGAUGCUUCAGUUUUUUCAUAAUUUAAAAGAUUAUAUUUGGUAGAGGUGUUUAGCAAGCUCAUGUUUUUGAAUGUUUUAAAAUGGAUGCAUGGUGGAAAAAAAAGGUAAUGUUUAGGUGAAUUGCAUAAUUAGUUGCAAUGCUAUCACAUGAAGUCAAAAACCAUGGUUAUAGAGUUGCCAGUUUAUAAUCUUCAUUGUUUUAAAUUAGUUUGGAUCACAUAAUUAUAUAAUGUGAUCACCAAAAGCCAAAUCUCUUGUUUUUGAAUAUUUUAUUUAUGCCUUUAGCUUAUGUCAAGUUAUUGUUAUGAAUCCAGAUCUCUCCUCUGUGACUGGAAUGUAUGUGGAUGGACAGAACACUAUUUAUCCAGAACGUAGAGGUAGGGUGUUGUACUCUGUUAACUAUUAUGGAUGCAUAAUCAAGCAAAGUGAUACCUUUUAUUGGCUAACUGUAAAGAUUACAAUAUGCAAGCUUUCGAUGCAACUCAUGCCCCAAACUUCCUGAAGAACGGGCCCGAGUUGCCUUGAAAGCUUACAUAUUGUAAUCUGUUCACUUAGCCAAUAAAAGGUAUUAUUUUGCUUGACUUGAUUUUGCUUGGGUAAUAAUUUUAUAUGUCUGAGAAAAUCACACCAUUCUAUGACACAAUUAAUUAUUUAAACAAUGAUGUGUUUCUGCAGCUCUUCUGCUUUGGAAGUAGUUGGUUAUGCUAACCAUUUAUAUUUCAUUCUUUUGAAGGAAAAAAACUGUGGUACUAUGUCUUAGGAAUAUGAAAACAAACAAGUUUUGUAUUUUUUUCUCUUUUCAAAAAAGAAACGGCAAAGUACCUAGAGUCGGGUUGUACUAAGAAGAAGAUAAAUAAUGGUUAAAUAAACUGAGGCAUCUUCCAAAAUUAAGUAGCUAAAGUGGACUUGUCUCUGCAGUAGCCAAGGCUAAACACUGCCCUCAUGUGGUGGUUAUACAUUUGAAAACAUUUGAAGUCCAGUAGAUAUUGGAAAAACCUGCCUUAGCUGGUGAUAUGGUGAAUGAAAUUUGUGAGAAUUAACAAGAAGUAGUCUUAUUUUCUCCUGACAACUUUUCACUUGGUGCACACCUAAUAUACAGUGGAGCUAAAAAAUGACUGCUGUUCCUAAGAUGUUGGGCCUUUUAUACAAUGCGCCACCACAGACACUCCAUUUACAUGGUAUAGCUUGUUGC